AUGCCUCCACGAAGAGUUGUCAAAGUUCGUCCUGCUAGACAUAAUAUUGAGGAGCAAGGGGUUGGGCAAAAAAGAGGAGCUCGACAAGAAGAGGCUGACACUUCGAGGAUUCGUGAGAUCUUGAGGAUGAACCCUCCAAGUUUCACUGGUUCGAGCACUUUCGAGGAUCCAAAGAAUUUCAUUGAGGAGCUGCAAAAGAUAUUUGAUGUCAUGCAUGUUGCUGAUACUGAGAGGAUGGUUACGGAUAUGAGAAGUAGAAUGAGUUUGUUUGUUGGUGGGUUGUCCCGUUUAUCAAGCAAAGAGGGAAGGGAAGCAAUGCAAAUUGGGAACAUGGAUAUAUCAAGGUUGAUGGUCUAUGUGCAGCAGGUUAAGGAAGAGAAACUGAGGGAUAGGGAGGAAUUCAGAAAUAAGAAAGCUACGACAGGGAAUGAGUUUGGGCAGCAUAAAAGUAAUGUGAACCUUUCGUUCUUUCAGCAAAAGCAAAAGGGACUUGCUCCGUCAUCUGCUAGUGCACCUGCACCAUGA